UCGAAUUUACAGAAACACCACGUCUACAAGGCACUAAAUCAGUGCCUAUAUAUCUACACGGUCUCAGCUCUCUCUCUCUCUCUCAAGACUCAGAAUUCACUGAAAGUCAUUCUAACAUGGCUGCCAACAUCUCCUCCGUCAUCGCCUGGGGCUCAGGAGAAGACGGACAACUUGGAAUCGGCAACAACGAAGAGAAAGAGUGGGUCUGUGUCGUCAAAGCACUUGAGCCCUACAAAGUUCGCUCCGUGGUCGGCGGAAGCCGAAACUCCCUCGCCAUUUGCGACGACGGCAAGUUGUUCACAUGGGGAUGGAACCAGAGAGGGACCUUAGGGCACCCGCCUGAGACUAACCAAAACUCCCAAGCACACCCUAAAACAGAGAACAUUCCUAGCCAGGUUAAAGCUCUCGCAAAUGUCAAUAUUGUUCAGGCCGCUAUUGGUGGGUGGCAUUGUUUGGCUGUUGACGAUCAAGGGAGAGCCUAUGCUUGGGGUGGCAAUGAGUAUGGUCAGUGUGGUGAAGAACCUGAAAGGAAGGAUGACACUGGCAGGCCCUUGAAAAGGGAUAUUGUGAUUCCUCAUCGUUGUGCACCGAAACUUGUGGUUCGCCAGGUAGCUGCUGGUGGUACUCACUCUGUGGUGCUUACACGUGAAGGACAUGUAUGGACUUGGGGUCAACCGUGGCCUCCUGGUGACAUAAAACAAAUUUCCAUUCCUGUGAGAGUACAAGGCCUUGAAAGGGUGAAGCUUAUUGCGGUGGGGGCAUUUCAUAAUUUGGCCCUUCAAGAGGAUAGAACUUUAUGGGCAUGGGGUAAUAAUGAGUAUGGACAACUUGGUACCGGGGAUACCCAACCAAGAUCACAGCCUAUUCUUGUUCAAGGGCUUGCUGGUCUUAACUUGGUUGAUAUUGCUGCUGGAGGAUGGCAUUCAACUGCAUUGACUGAUGAUGGAGAGGUGUAUGGCUGGGGAAGAGGGGAACAUGGGAGGCUUGGAUUUGGAGAUAGUGACAAGAGCAGUAAAAUGUUGCCUCAGAGGGUUCAUCUUUUGGCUGGGGAGGACAUUGUUCAGGUGUCUUGUGGUGGGACUCAUUCGGUUGCUUUGACACUUGAUGGACGAAUGUUUUCGGUACGUAUAUUUAACAAGUAUUAUGCUAAUCGUAUGGGAGUCAUGGAAUUGAAUUCCAACCUCAUCAAAUAUUUGGUCGAGGUGACCACGGGCGACUUGGAUAUGGGAGAAAGGCAACUACAGGCCAACCAAUGGAAGUGCCUAUAAACAUUCCACCUCCAAAAGACGCUGAUACUGGUGCUGACGGUCAUUGGAUUGCUAAACUUGUUGCUUGCGGGGGACGCCAUACCCUUGCAAUUGCAGAAUGGCAGACUGAUGAAUCAAAACAAUCAUAGAAUACUAAAUUCUAUUGACAAUGCUGAUAUUGGGGUUGUGUUGUAGACAUCUCAUAACCCCUUAAUAUGCAGAGGACAGAUUGGGAGUUAAGGAGGUCGAUAUUUGAGACGGCAUGCUUGCUUUGUUUU